UCAGCACGCGCAUAUUUCUUCAUUCCCUUACCUGUUGCGCUCAAGCCAGCACACGGCUAUGAAGAAUACUCACUGACAGCACUGCCACUGACGAUAACGGAAUCUUAACCGAACAGUAAAUACAGCUGUUUGAUGGAAUGGAGACCCCAGUCAAACCGGGGUUCCAUCGGUUGGAGAUCCAGAAGACGACCUGGGAAGUUCCUGACCGGUACAGCGCGCUGAAGUCCGUGGGCUCGGGCGCGUACGGGACAGUCUGUUCCUCUGUAGACCAGCGCAGUCAGGAGAAGGUGGCCAUUAAGAAGCUGUACCGUCCGUUCCAGUCCCUGAUCCACGCCAAGCGGGCCUACCGAGAGCUACGCCUCCUACGCCACAUCCAGCAUGACAACGUGAUCUGUCUGCUAGAUGUCUUCACACCUGAUUCUUCUCUGGAGAAAUUCCAGACCUUCUACAUGGUGAUGCCGUUCGUAGCUCAGGACCUGGGCCACAUCAUGAAGAAGAGGAGGCUGACAGACAGAAUCAUCACCUACCUCUUUUACCAGCUGCUCCGGGGGCUCAAGUAUAUCCAUUCAGCUGGUAUCAUUCACCGGGAUCUCAAACCUGGCAACCUGGCUGUGAACGAGAACUGUGAACUCAAGAUCCUGGACUUUGGCCUGGCUCGGCAGACAGAGAGUGAGAUGACGGGCUAUGUGGUGACUCGCUGGUACAGAGCUCCAGAGAUCAUCUUCAACUGGAUGCACUACAGCCAAACUGUGGAUGUGUGGUCUGCAGGAUGUAUUCUGGCUGAGCUGAUCACAGGACAGGUUCUGUUUCCCGGCAACGACAGCAUCGACCAGCUGAAGAAGAUCAUGAACCUGACAGGAACACCUCAGCCCUCGCUGGUCCAGAAGAUGCAGAGUAAAGAUGCCCGCUCCUAUGUUCAAGGUCUGCCGCCCCAGAAGAAGAAGAGCUUCAGUGAGGCGUUCUCCUCCAUGGAUGUGAAAGCGGUGGCCCUGCUGGAGGGCAUGUUGACCCUUGAUCCUGAGGGUCGUCUGACAGCCUCUCAGGGCCUCGGGCAGCCAUACCUGUCGGAGUUCCACGACCCUGACAGCGAGCCAGACUCCGCCCCCUACGACGACUCGUUUGAGAACCUGGAGCUUGAUGUGGCUGAGUGGAAGAGCCUCAUCCACAUGGAGAUCAUGACCUUUGACCCCAGCAACCCCAGUGCCACAGCCAUGUAGGUCGCCGGGGCGUCUGGCGCCCCUGGCAACGGGAGUCAGCCAUGACACGGGAUCAGCAGACCGCCUGUUACCAUGACGACAGUGUCAUUUCUCUGUGUAUAUUUGACUGUAAACAAAGACUUUUUAGCAAACUUCCCAUUUUGAGCUGUGUAGACUGUGGACUGUGUGAUUACAUGUGUAUUCAUCAGGACACACGUCACCAGUUGCUGUGGGGACAGAAGUGUAUUAACUAUGUAACCAAACACACAGCUGUAGAUAGCUAACGUUGCCAUGGUUACAGUGUGUCAGGAUAGCUAAUGUUGCCAUGGUUACAGUGUGUUAAGAUGUGAGCCAGGGCUGUAACUAUAGAAACCAUUACUUCAGCCUUCACGGCUCAUGUUUUCAUUUGGAGUAAACGUUUGUAUCAAACCAG